ACAUAUUCCAAAGCUUCCACUCUACUAUCAUCCUUCCUAUUCUUGGUCACCCUCAAUCUUUCAUGCCACCGCGCAAGAAGGAGGACAAGGUCGGGAGCUGGCUCAGUAGCAGCAGGGACCUCGACCAAGAGGACCCUUACGACUCCGAGGCAGACGACAUGGCCCCGACGACGACGACGCAGCAGGGCCAGUCCGAGUCCUCGCUGAAACCACAGCCACCUGCAACUCAGCAGUGGGACACAUAUCUCCAAGAGACGACAAGGGCUGCAUUCUCCGCAAGUACAAGACAAAGAACAGAGGCGUGGGAACAUCUCGCUUCCGUCAUCGAGAGCGAGGAUGAGCCCCUCUCGUCAGACAAUCUCGUCGAUGUCGUCGCUUUGGCACUCGAGACAGCCCCGCGAUACACAGAUCGUUCGUCGAGGAUCAUCGUGAUUCAAGUUCUACGAGCAGCAUUGACGAAAGAAGGUGCCUCUGACUCAUCAGCGCUGCUAUAUGCUGUCGCCCACUUGAAGAAGCAGGUGGAUCAAGCGGCAAAGGUCUCGUCUGCGGGAACCUUCGCUUCAGCCCUGAGCAUUCGCAUCUCCCUCCUCUCCUUCGUCUUGGCAACUUUCAGCGCAUUUGCAUCGCUCAAAGAUGCGACGUCAUCAAAAGUCUGGCCUCCUCUUGUCCAGACGAUGGCCUUAGCCUUCGAUGCCGUCGUGGGCGAGCAAAGUCCAAAGGCUCGCAGCAACAUUCGCAACGUCCUUGUCUUGGCAAGGCGCUCGGUGCGAGAGUCCCACGCUGUCAUUCCUCAACUCAUCGAGACGAUCACGAGCUCACCGCCGGCGAAUGCGAUCCGCUCUACUGCCCUUCUCGGACUCAUAUGCGACGUCUGCUUGCGUCUCCGAGUAGGCUCAGAGACAUCAAAGGGCGCAGAAGAUGGCGUCGGCCGUACCCUAUUGCGGAGCAAGAAGGAUGCAAUUCUCGGCUUCUACACCACCCACGUCCUUCCUUCCAAGUCAGCCGUCCCUCCACAAGCAUCAUUCGCGCUGAAAGAUUUCUUCGCCAGUCACCUCACCGACGAUGACGUCGCUAAAAGCCUGCGGCCGACGAUGGAGAAGCUCUUGAUACGCUCGCCAGAAGUCUCGCUGCCAAUCGAGGAUGCCUUCUUCCAAUGCUAUGCCCACGACACGAGCCCACAUGUCAAGCCUCUCCUCACUGGCAUCAUCUCAGCAAGCAGGUCAUCGGUGCCAGCCACGCGAGCCAAGGCCAUCAGCCUCUUCGUCACGCUUAUCAGCUUCGUGCAGGACGAGAAGGCGCUCAAGGAGGCGGCGGAAGAGAUUGUAGCGUUGCUGAAGACGGCAGGCAAAACUUCGUCGCCCGAUCAGAGAGCCGCCUUGUACGAGAUGCUGGCCGCAUUCCCCGAGUCUCUUGGGCCAGUCGCAUCAUCAUCGAUCGCAGAGAGUAUCGCAACGCUUCUCCCGAAGGAGACCACGGAAGCGUCUCUGCGUGGCGCCCUUUUAGCCGUAAUGCGCCGAUUGUAUGCGCUAUUGAGCUCCCCCUCAAAUGGUGCUAACCAUGCAGCACUCACUCUCGUAGGCAAAGCAGUAGCAAAGGAGCUGCAGAACGCAAAAGUGCCCCUGCGGAAGGUGGCGUGUAGCAUCGUCGGCUCGUCCAUCUGGGAACUUAAGACCGGUGCGGACAGCACUGCUCUGGCUGCCUUCGGCGAGGCUCUGCUUCCAGCCUUCGAAGCUAAUCUCAAGAAUGCGACGACGAGCACUUUGACGAGUCCAUCAGGGCCUCUAGAAGGCUUCGUUGCCGUUGCGCUUGUCGAGAGCCCCCUCAAGGAAGUCCAAAAGAUCAGCGACUUCGCUGCGAAAAACGAAGUGCUCAAAGGCCUGCUCGUCACCGCCUCGCCGAAGCCAUCUUUCCUACUGUGGGACAAGGUGCAUCGCAAGUUUACGGCAGAGGAUGAGCAGACAUGGCUGCUGCGAGCGCUUCAUAGCGUCUGGCUGCAUAGAGCGACGGAGAUGGCAGGCGAUGAAGGAGCGCGCAAGGCAAGCGCGCACGCGCUCAUCCAGGCUGCUCUGACCAGCGAGCAUACCAAAGUCCGUCGCCAGGCGGUGGACGUUGUCAAAGGCUGCGCUGCCUCGCACCCCGUUCUUAUUGCCACCAUCGUCAAGAAUGGCAUCCUGGCCUGGGUCCACGAGCAACGUCAGUCGACCGCAGCAAACGCCGUCUCUGACGAAGCGCCUGCAAAGAAGAACCCUCAUGCUCAGUCGCUGAAGGCUCUGCUCCUUGCAGCGUCAUCUCUGCGCAGCGAGACCACGUCUGAUGUCAAGCAAGAGGUCCUCUCAAGCUUGCUCCUGUGCUCCCACCUGCCCGAGCUCAACGACUCGCAGCACGCGACCUUUGCUAGCCUCUGCAUGCAAACACAAGUCAAGGCGAGCCAGGUCGUCGAAGAUCACCUCAUGCCCAUGCUUCAAAUCUGCCGUGAAGGCCUCGCCGACUCUGUGCUUCAAUCGGCUGCUCUGGCCUCUGUGACAACGCUGGCAAUGCACGCCCCCGAGUCUGUCAUUGCAGAGCUCGUCGGCGACAUUGAAGCGUCAGUCGACGGCAAAGCAUUGAGGGCCCUGACAGAGCAAGAACUCGGCAUCCUCGCUACUGCGCCUGAUGUCACCUUCGUCGACGUUCUUGCAGAGACAAAGCCAGCGAAUAUCGACAAGAAUCGCAAAGACGCAAAAACGGAGCAAUGGGAAGCUGAGCUCAGAGCUGAGCUUGCCAAGAAGAAGGCUGCGGAGAGCAAGACGCUGACGAAAGAGCAGAAGAGCAAGGUCGACGCUCAACUAAAGGUCGAAGCCGAGAUCAGGGCUCAGGUCGCGGCCUUGCAGUCAGCGCUACGUCGAGGCAUGCAGAUCAUCGUUGCUCUCGUCGCCGCGAAGAGCGAGGAGCUCGACUCGUACCUGCCUUCGCUCGUUCGUAUCGUUCGCGAAUUGCUUCAGAUCCCUCAAGCUCGACAACUGGACCGCUCGGGGCUGCUCGCCGCUUUUUCUGCCCUCUGCUCGUGCGCCUCCUCGCGCCUGGCCGAGGCGAAGCUCUUUCUUCAAGUGGUACUGCUCCGCACUAUCUCAGACGACCUGGUCGCCGAAGACUUCCGGGGCGAAACUCUUCGAGACCAGCUCCUGCGGGUCCUCUACAGGUUGCGCUUCCUGUCUGAGCAAGAGCCUCUCAGCCUGGCUUCAAUUGCCGUUGUGGUUCCGCUGCUUUCCCUCAUUGUCGCUAAAGAAGGCAUUGACACCGCUAGUGGCGUUUCAGAGGAGGUAGGCGAAGGCGAAACCUCUGUUGCCGACAACGUGCUCGAGCAGAUCCAGCUCGCCCUUGAGAUCAUCGACUUCCACGCUGGAUCGUGCGAGGACGUGCGCUUCCCCCGCAGCGAGAUGAUCGACGACCUCGUCGCCAUCGUCAAGAAGCACUCAAGACUGGCGAGAGACGCCGUUGGAGCGCUGCGCUCAAUGGGCGAAGCCAUCAAGGACUCGGCUCUGCCGAUCGAAAUCUCCAAGCUGCUCAGCCAUACGCUGGCGCAAGAGACAUACGUUCGCCUCGGCGCUUUGCAAGCUAUCCAAUCGCUCGACCUCAGCGAGCUUGAGUACAGCAGCGAGCUGUGGCUGGCAUGCCACGACCCUUUGGAUACCGAGAACGCUCGACUAGCGCUCAAGGCGUGGGAAGACAACGGUCUUGACGUGCCCGAAGAGUUUGGCUCAACGCUCAUCCCAUACCUCGAAGACGAUCGAGCCUACGUCCGCCGAGCAGCAGGUCAAGCCCUCGCUGGUGCCGUCGAGCUUCAUCCUGAGGCUCUUCCUACCCUACUCACCAGCCUCUACAAGCUGUACGAGGAACGCAACCGAAUCCUGACGGCCGAGUACGACCAAUUUGGCAUGAUCAUCGAGAGCACUCGUAACCGUGAGGACCCUUGGCGCAUCCGUACCGCAAUUGCGCACGCCUUUGGCGACUUGGCUCCUCAGCUGCAAGCGACGGACCUCGAACCAUUCUUCGAGUUCAUGAUCAAAGACGAGGCUCUCGGGGACCGCAACGACGACGUCAGGCAGAACAUGCUCGACGCCGCCUCUUCCGUCGUUGAUCUGCACGGCAAGGAGCGCUUGAGCGAGCUCAUCACCCGAUUUGAGAGCUUCCUCGCCAAGCCUCCCCCUCCGUCCGAGGCGCUGGACGGUGUGUUGGAGGCAGUCGUCAUCUUGCUUGGUCGACUUGCUCGCCACUUGUCUGCCACAGACAAGCGCAUCUCAUCCAUCGUGGAACGCCUCCUCGAUGCUCUCAAGACCCCUUCCGAGAUGGUGCAAGUUGCCGUCGCAGACUGUUUGCCUGCUCUUGUACCUGCAAUCAAGGGUGAUGUACCGCGCCUCGUCGAGCGUCUCUUCACCGACUUGCUCCAAGGCGCCAAGUACGCUCAUCGACGAGGAGCGGCCUACGGUCUUGCCGGUAUCAUCAAGGGACGCGGUAUCUCUGCUGUGGCCGAGUUCGGCGUCAUGAGCAAGCUCACCCAGGCCAUCGAGGACAAGAGCAGCGUCAAUGCUAGGCAAAGUGCUGUCGAGUGCUACGGUAUCAUGGCUGCUAUCCUUCGACGUCUCUUCGAGCCGUACAUUAUCGAGGGCGGUGUCCUACAUCAGCUCAUUGCAUCGUUCGGCGACAGCAAGGCUGAGGUUCGAGACGCGACGGAGGAGACGGCCAAGGUCAUGAUGGCCAACGUCUCCGCCUUCUGCGCCAAGCUGAUGCUGCCGACGUUGCUUGAGGGUCUUGAAGAGAAGCAGUGGCGCACGAAAAAGGGCGCAAUCGAGCUGCUCGGUGCCUACUCAUCAGCUGCCCCAGCACAGCUCGCCGCUGCCCUUCCCACUGUCAUUCCGCGCCUCUCUGGCGUUCUCUCUGACGCUCAUCCACAGGUCAGAGCAGCAGGAAAUCGCUCCCUCAAGCAGUUCGGUCUUGUCAUGAAGAACCCGGAGAUCAAGUCCAUGGUCCCUGCACUUCUUCAAGCUCUCGUCGACCCGACUUCGAAGACGGCGCCUGCACUUCACAAGCUACUCACCCAGACCUUCGCCCACUACCUCGACGCCCCGUCGCUUGCACUAGUCGUGCCCAUCGUCGACCGUGGUCUGCGCGACAGAUCUGCGCAGGUGCAGCGCGAUGGUGCCAAGAUCAUGGGCAACUUGGCGAGCUUGACAGACGGCAAGGAUCUGCGUGGCCACUUGCCUCGAUUGAUGCCCCUCAUCCGUGAGGUACUCGUUUCGCCCGUUCCCGAGACUCGUGCCGAGGCUGCUCGUGCCCUAGGCGUCAUGGUUGAGCGAUUGGGAGAAGUACAAUUCCCCGACCUUGUGCCCUCAUUGAUGGCCCAGCUGCGAGGCGCAGACGUCACUGGUGUCGAUCGACAAGGUGCGGCUCAAGGUCUUUCGGAAGUGCUCGCUGCCUUGGGCAUGGACAGGCUGGAAGCUCUUCUCCCGUCGGUCCUGGACAACACCUCAAGCCCGCAGGCCCACGUCCGAGAAGGUGGCAUCGCCCUCCUCAUCUACCUGCCGGGCACCUUCGGCGCGGUCCGCUUCGGUCCCUACGUCAGUCGCAUCAUCACGCCUAUCCUCAAUGGUCUCGCCGACGUCAGCGACAGUGUCCGCGAGAUGUCUAUGCGUGCUGGUCGCAUGAUCAUUGGCAGCUUUUCCAAGGACGCGGUCGACUUACUCCUUCCCGAACUCGAGCAGAGCAUGUUCGACGAUACUCCCCGUAUCAGGCAAUCGAGUCUCUCCCUCUGCUCCGAGCUCCUCUUCCGCCUCGGCGGCAUCUCGGGCAAGAACACCUUGGCCGCAGAAGCGGACGAGGGCGGAGAGGGAGAGGACGGCGAGGUCCCGGAGCAGAGCGUCGUCGUUUCCAAUUCGGUGCAGUCCCGUCUCAAGAACGUGCUCGGCGAGGAGCGCUUCGUGCGUACGAUGGCGACCAUCUUCUGCCUCAGGCAGGAUCCAGCCUUCAAUGUUCGCGAGGCGGCUUCAGGCAGCUGGAAGGCCAUCAUCGUCAACACGGCAAAGACGAUUCGCGAGCUUUUGCCGAUGAUCAUAGAUCUGAUCAUUCGAUCGCUCAGCCGCGAUGGCGAGGAUCAGCGCGAGAUUGCUUCGCGCACGCUCGGAGAGAUCACGCGCAAGCUGGGUGGAUCGGUGCUGGAGGAGAUCGUGCCGCAGCUGCAACAGCGUGGGUCAGAUGCUGGUGCAUCAGCCGCCGUGCGCGCUGGUGUCAUGCUUGCCGUCGAGAGUCUGCUGGAGAACGCGACCGAAGCUCAGCUCGAGGAUCACGAAGACGCGCUUAUUGCCGCAACACGCCAAGGACUCACCGACCGCUCUCCCGCUGUUCGCGAAGCUGCAGCCUCAGCUUUCGAUGCUCUGCAAGAGACGGUGGGCCAGCGCGCUAUCGAAGAGGUCAUUCCUGUAUUGCUCGGCGCCCUUCAGAAUCGCAAGGACAGCGGUGGAGACGACUCGAUGGCAGAGACAUCGCUCGCUGCCCUACGCGAAGUCAUGCGCACUCGUGCGGACACCGUCUUCCCUGCGUCGCUGCCCACGCUUCUUGUUCAACCCAUCUCGGCCUUCAAUGCUCGCGCCCUGGGCAAUCUUGUCGCCGUCGCCGGCAACGCAAUCAACCGCCGGCUGUCGCAGAUUCUCGGCGCUCUCGCAACAGCCAUGGACGCCGAGGAGGACGAGGACACGCGCGAGGCUCUGCAGGAGGCUGUGGACGCGGUUCUCAAGGCAGUGAACAACUUCGAAGCCUUGCACCAGCUCAUGAUGCUCCUCCUCAGCUGGGUAGGAGACGCGGCGGACAAGGAAAAGCGCAAGGUUCUUCACGGCUGUCGCUACUACUCCAAGUUCGCAUCCGACCUUUCAGAGCGAGGAGGAGCGCGCGCGCUGGAGGGUUACAACAAGGAUUGGCUUCGUCGCUUGGCCACCCUUCUUGACUCGCGCGAGCCAGACGUCGUCGAUGCCUGUUUGCCCGCACUUGCAGCCUGCGUUGAGGCGAUGGAGGACCCAGAGGAGCUCGUCAUCCCGUUGCGACACACAUUGUCGGGCCUGUCGGACGAAGUCCCCGGCCUGGCGAAGAAGGAGGGCUUCGGCGCUUGCUCGGGCGUAUUCCUUGCUGGUCUGCUGAGCGGCACGGGCGAGCAAAAGGAGCAGGCCGCUGUUGGUCUUGGCAUCUUGGUCAUGAAGGCGGAUCCCGUGGCCAUCAAGCCGUUUGUCACCACUGGGCUGGCCGGCCCGCUCAUUCGAGCAUGCGGAGAGCGACACGCUGCCCAGGUGAAGGCGGCGAUUCUUAACACGCUCGACACAUGCCUGAAGCGCAUCCCGCAGCACCUCAAGCCCUUCUAUCCCCAGCUUUCACGCUCUUUCCUCAAAGCAGUGGGCGACCCAACUGGACUGGCGGUGAGGAAUUCAGCGUCAGUCUGCCUUGGGACCCUCUCCACCAUCUCCGGAGCACGUCUCGACCUCAACGCUCUCAUCACGGGGGCACGCUCCGGCAUUCGCGGCGAGGAAGAGACAACCGACUACCCCGAUGGGUCGGCGAGUGGCCUUGCUCAAGUUCUGCUUCGCUCCGAGCUUGGCAAUGCCCAAGUGGACGCAGUCAAGGGGGACGUGGCCUCCCUCAUCGAGUCGGCGUUUAGCCCCGGCUGUGACGAGGAACGCUUCAAGUCCUCCAUGGCCGACGUACUCUCCGGUUUCACGCGUCACGACCCUGCAGCAGCAAGAUCGCUCGUCGUAGCACACGUCCUACCAGCCGCAACAGACUCGACACUUGCCUCGCUGUGUCUUGCUUCGCUGCUGGAAAACGUGCAUGAGCUGGCGUACGACUUCGGUCAUGCGGAGAAGAUGGCGCACAUCGUGAAGGAGUUUUGCGUUGCCGGGCCGGGUAUUGCCCGCCCGGCGAGGGAGGCGAGGGAGUGGAUGAAGACGAGGAACCCGUGGGCAUCGGACGAGGGGGUCAUGGGGGCGUUUUGAGCGUUGGGGCUGGUGCGGAAUGCGGACGUGGAGAUGUGCAAUCAUGCCUUGAGCUUGGUAGCGCAAGAAUGCAUUAGAUGACAAAAAAUGAUAGCCUGGUAUCUAUGGAUUGGUAGCAAUUAAGCGUCAUGCAGGUGGUCGCGA